AUGGCGGGGUGGUUCUCUUCGGCAUCGCCGCUCGAUGAACAGGUCGAGCGGGCGACCGCAUCAUCUCUGGAAGACAUCUCCCUGAACCUCGAAAUUUCCGACCUGAUCCGAUCGAAGAGUGUGCAACCGAAGGAGGCGAUGAGAUCAUUGAAACGCCGACUAGAAAACAAGAACCCCAAUAUACAACUAGCGACGCUGAAGUUAACGGAUACAUGUGUCAAGAAUGGGGGCACUCAUUUUCUCGCCGAAAUUGCGUCUCGCGAAUUCAUGGAUAACCUAGUCUCUUUGUUGAAAACGGAGGGUGCCCCGCUCAACGCCGAAGUGAAAGACAAGAUGCUAGAGCUGAUUCAGGACUGGGCCAUGGCGGCCCAAGGUCGCAUGGAUUUAAGUUAUGUUGGCAUUACAUAUCAGAAACUACAGGAAGAAGGAUUCCGAUUCCCGCCUAAGACGAAGAUGAGUGGCAGUAUGUUAGAGAGCAGUGCGCCUCCCGAAUGGAUCGACUCUGACGUCUGCAUGCGAUGUCGCACGCCGUUUAGUUUUAUGAACCGCAAACACCACUGCCGAAACUGUGGUAAUGUCUUCGACGCCCAGUGUUCUAGCAAGACCCUCCCUCUUCCUCACCUGGGAAUAUUGCAGCCUGUCCGUGUUGACGAUGGGUGCUACGCUAAACUGACCGCGAAACCUUUCCCCCCGGGAGCCCUUUCCGAUCGAUCGGCGUUCAAGAACAACUCUAUCACCAAAUCAAACUCAAUGGAGCCCCGAACGGCUCGGGCGGAAGGCGGGUUUGACGAUGAUUUGCGUCGGGCCCUGCAGAUGAGCUUGGAGGAGGCAGAAAACAAAGGAUCGAGCGGCUAUAUUCCGCAGUCUCAAAUGAUGGCGGCUGAGCCGCCCAUGCCCUCCGAACCGUCGAGGACCGAGGAAGAGGAGGAUGCGGAUUUGAAGGCGGCCAUCGAAGCUUCCCUGCGCGAUAUGGAACAGCAUAAGCAGCAACAUGCAGCCGCCCUGAAGAACACGAGUGCUCCGGAAGCCCCAUCCCAAGGUGUCCCAAUUGCUACAGAGCUGCCUAAAAACCCGUAUGAACUUAGUCCGGUUGAGGUCGAAAACAUCCACCUAUUCGCCGCACUUGUUGACCGACUACAACACCAACCUCCUGGUACCAUUUUGCGCGAGCCCCAAAUUCAGGAACUCUAUGAGAGCAUCGGUGCACUCAGGCCGAAAUUGGCGCGGAGCUAUGGUGAAACUAUGAGUAAACAUGACACGCUUCUCGAUCUACAUGCUAAACUCUCCACGGUUGUACGGUAUUACGAUCGUAUGUUGGAAGAGCGCCUGUCAAGUGCAUACUCGCAACACACACUCGGAUAUGGAACCGUUCCUGGCGCUACUGCGCAAUAUCCUAAUAUCUACCAAAUGCCUUCGCAGCCAGUCGAAAGCAAGGCGGGGGCCGAAAACUUCUACUAUGGAAAUCCAGUUGCCGAGAAGACGCGGCCAUCUGACUCCCCGUAUGCUCCUCCAUACCCAUCAGAAAGGGUAAACCAUCAAGCGGCCGGAUCGCGGAGCGGCGCCAUGAGCCCGGGCGUGUACCCGCCUCCAACCCAGCCUCUGUCUCACAACCAACCCUGGAGCGGUAAAGCUCCCGUUGCAUCCCCUCCGCCCUCAAGCUCCAACCCGGCAUUCUCUAGCAAUUCGGCCGCAUAUCCUGGCCCUGGCGCUCCGGCGCAAUUCUAUGUGGCUCCUACUCAGCAAGAGCCAGCUCCACACCCGUACCAGGUUCCCCGUCAGGGUGACGUGGAAGCCUCCUACCAGCCGUCCCCUAUAACACGAACCAAUUCUUUCUAUCAGCCAGGCGGACCGCCUGGUGCUCCUGCCCCAAGUGCACCAGAGCAGCCCCCCUCGAUGGACCAGGUGCCGUCUGCCGCAUAUAUGCAAUUGGCAGAAUCGCAACCCGGGCAACCUAACGGUCAUCCUGGAAUUCAACAUGCUCCCCCGGAGCAACAGGCACAUUCAUAUUACUAUAAUCAACCCCAACAACAACAUCCGCUUGGUCCGCCACCUUCUAUGUAUCCGCAGAGUACCCCAGCACCACAAGGUGCGUACCUUGGGGAUGUUUCCCCGAUUACUGGACAUCCGUCCCCCGUGCAACACCACCAGCCGCCGCAGACUCGACCAGCAGCCGAGGAGAGUUUGAUAGAGCUUUAA